AGGCAGCGAGCGAGCGAGCGAGCGAGCGAACGAGCCAGCAAGGCAGCGGCUCAUUCAUUACUGCAGCCAGCCCAGAGAAAGAGCCGGCGCAACCCGCAGGCGACUCCCGCCAGGCUGCAUUCCUUGCAGCCGGAGCCUUCCUCUGCCCUCUUGGAUCUUCAUGAGAAAAACGUCUGAUAGCCAAGAAGGGAGCCCUUUCCUGUGAAUCCAACCUCAAAGAUGCCCUGGAAUGUCAAAUGGUUGAGUAGCUGCAACAGCCACAGCUCCCAGUCCCAGAAACAAUGCAAGAAGUCCUCUUUUGCUUUCUAUCAAGCUGUAAGAGACCAGCUACCCGUAUGGCUCUUGGAGGACAUGAGGCGCAUGGAGGUUUUCCACUGGCAAGAAGGAGGCAAGGUCAGCACAUACUCACCUUCAGAGGCGCUGCUGUAUGCCCUGGUACACAAUCACCAGCCUUAUGCCCGAUAUUUACUGAGCCAGUUUCCUAAGAGUGCCCUGGCAAUACCGAGCCUUCACUUUAGCUGCUGCCACUCUUCAGCUCCUCACUUAGCCAUGGCUGUCCGGUACAACCGCAUCCAUAUCCUUGUAGAGAUUCUGAAGGCCAUCAGAAACUUCCCAGUAAGCGACCAAGCUACUUACUUGGACCGCCAAGGUUGCAGUCAAGUGGAGGGUGGCAAAACUGCCCUUCACAUGGCCUGUGAACUGGCAAGGCCGGAGUGUUUGCUUUUGUUGCUGGGCCACAGAGCCUCGCCUUGCCUUAGUGACUGUGCUGGGAACACACCUCUAGAUCUCCUUCUGCAACAAAUUUGGGAGAGCCCAGCAUCAAAUCUGUGCACCAAGCUCCUCCUUCUGGACUCGCUCUUCCUCUUCAUGCCUCCAGGCUUCCAUUUCGCCAUGAAACAGCAGCUGCAGGAAGACCAGCAGCCAUGGCAGGACCUUCUGGGUAAUAGCCGAUAUCAGUGGUUGGCUGGUUUAGCCCCUUUCUCUCUCUUUGUUAGAUCCAUGCAAGUUUUAAUUGGGAACAUUUCACCUGAACAUUUCCCAGAGGCACUGGAUGGCCUGCCUUUGCCACACUUUCUGAAGCCUUUGGACUUGAAAUUGAAGGGCUAAGGGCAUAAGCUAGAGACCUCCUCUCUCCCUUUCAUUCCCUCUCUCCCUCACCCUUCAAUUCCUGCUUGUGUGAUGAAAAUAGGUUGUGUGGAGAACCCAUGUGCUGAAUAUGAAAUCUGUGUGGGAGAAAAAGAAGCACUUGUUUUAAUUAGAGACUUUUUUUUCCAAAGAUUUAAGUAUGUUGUGUUUUAUUUAACUACUGCUCAGUCAGAGAGAGUGGAACACCUAGAAUACAUUCUAAAAAAUAUAUUCCAUUUUGUGGUAGAAUGCACAGCUUAAAGCUUAACUUGAGCAUCCUGAAUUGUAGACUGACCCAAGUGAAUUAGCAGCUUAGGCCAGAAGUUAAAACUAAGCAAUGUAAUAGAGAGUAGCUUCUCUAGUCUACAUUCAGUAGAUCAACUUUGAAUAGUGUACCAACUGAAUACUGACUUUACUGCAAUUUACUCUAGCAAAAGAUGGUCUGGAGUAAGUCCAGUUUUUCAUACCUUAUCUUUGUCAGCAUCUAAUUCCCUGCCACAGGAUUAUAUAUAAUUUAAACAAACACAACACAACCAGAGUUUGAAAUGUUGGUUUAAGCUAUUGUCUAUGCAAACUAAUGUGGAAGGCAUCAGGUAGACAAAAAAUAUCUGAUUUCUUAUAAAACAGCCAUUAGGUAUUAGAAAGAAUUGAACUGCUGACCACCUCUCUCUCUCUCUCUCUCUCUCUCUCUCUCUCUCUCUCUCUCUC